CGGAAGUAAAAGGGAAGGAAAUUACACGCGUACAACAUUAUGGCGUCAAGUGUGGACCAGGCAGUGGGGCUGGGGCUGGUCGGCUUCAGCCUGGUACUCUUCGUAUAUUACACAUUGUGGGUGAUCGUUCUGCCCUUUGUAGACAGCGAUCAUGCGAUCCACGGUUACUUCCUGCCCCGGGAGUACUCCGUCAUUCUGCCAGGCGUUGCUGCGCUCGUUCUCGUGUUGUUUGUUGGGACUUUUAUCGUGGUGGUAAUGUGGAAGAACAGAAAAACAAAGAAGACACAGUGAAGAGAGAAAGAAGCCCCAUUGAGAGCCAUGGAAACAUUCCUGGGGUGUGCAGGGAGGCAGUGCUGGGACUGCAGUUCAUUAACACAGAGAGAGUGGAGGGACAGUGGCUAUUCAAUUCCUCUUGAAACCCUGAGAUCUGCAGAUUGAGUCUCCUUGUAAAUCAAGUGUACCUUAGAUCAUGAACAAAAAAUAAAAUCUAUUGCUGUGUAAAGGAAACUGGCCUACUUAUUCUAUGUACGCUAUAUAGCAUUGUGUGAACUAAUGCAGUGAAAUCCUCUUAAUAGAAUGUCUGGCUAGUUAAAACGACCACAGUGGCAUAAUGAAAAGUUCCUUCUCUUUGCUAUCACUUUGUUUUAAGUGAUCAAAAUCAACAUGAUCGCGUUAAGAGGUUUUCAUUCUAUUUUUUAACCCCAUUUUAUUUGGUGUUACUCCUGUAAGAAUCCAGGAGGAUGCGGGACAGUCAUUUGAGACUGCCUUGCUUAAAGGAACAGUAGCGAGCCCUGGAGGAGUGAUAAUCCGGGGAGGUGAAACUCACUGUGUCUCUAAACUGUAUUGCAAAAAAAUAUAAAUGUAUAUGUUUUUGUUGUAAAAUAUUUCAUAAUUGACCAAGUAAAUAUAAAAUGAAGCUGG